AUGGCUCCCAGGGUUAUUGUUGUCGGUGGUGGAUUGUCUGGCCUCAGUGCUGCCCACACAGUCUACCUCAACGGAGGCAACGUCUUGCUUUUGGAUAAACAGAACUUCUUUGGAGGAAACUCGACCAAGGCCACCUCUGGUAUCAACGGAGCCCUCACUCGCACCCAGGUCGAUCUCGGUAUCCAGGACAGCGUCAAGCAGUUCUACGAGGACACGCUCAAGUCUGCCAGAGACAAGGCCCGCCCUGAACUCAUAAAGGUCCUCACAUACAAGUCGGCCGCCGCCGUCGAGUGGCUGCAGGAUGUCUUCAACCUCGAUCUGACCCUUGUAUCUCGACUUGGUGGACACUCGUUCCCCCGAACACACCGUGGCCAUGAUGCCAAGUUCCCCGGCAUGGCCAUCACCUACGCUCUGAUGCAGCGCCUUGAGGAGCUUACCGAGAAGGACCCGGAGCGCAUGAAGGUCCUCAAGAAGGCUAGAGUGGUUGCCGUCAACAAGGAAGGUAAUCAGGUCACUGGUGUUACAUACGAGUACAACGGCCAGACUCACACUGAAGAGGGUGUUGUCGUCCUGGCUACUGGUGGUUACGCUGCCGAUUUCACCGAGACCUCUCUCCUGAAGAAAUGGCGACCAGACACCAUUGGCCUGUCCAGUACCAACGGUGUCCAUGCCACCGGUGACGGCCAGAAGAUGCUGAUGGCCAUUGGUGCCAAUGGUAUCGAUAUGGACAAGGUCCAGGUCCACCCUACCGGUCUCAUUGACCCCAAGGAUCCAGGCUCCAAGUGGAAGUUCCUUGCUGCUGAGGCACUCCGUGGUGAGGGCGGUAUCCUGUUGAACUCGGACGGUGAGCGAUUCGCCGACGAGCUCGGCCACCGUGACUACGUCUCCGGCCAGAUGUGGAAGGAGAAGGAGAAGAAGAAGUGGCCUAUCCGCCUUGUGCUCAACAGCAAGGCCUCCAACAUCCUCGACUUCCACACCCGCCACUACUCCGGCCGUGGACUGAUGAAGAAGAUGACCGGCGCUGAGCUCGCCAAAGAAAUCGGCUGCGGCGAGGCUGCCCUCCGCAAGACCUUCGACGAUUACAACGCUAUCGGCGAGGGCAAGAAGCCCGACCCAUGGGGCAAGAAGUUCUUCCACAACCUGCCCAUGAAGGUCGAAGAUACCUUCUACGUUGCGCUGAUGGAGCCCGUGCUGCACUUCACCAUGGGCGGUAUCGAGAUCAACGACAAGGCCCAGGUGCUCAACAGCGAGAAGAAACCCUUUGACGGCCUGUUCGCCUGCGGUGAGCUCGCCGGUGGUGUCCACGGCGCCAACCGCCUCGGUGGAUCCUCUCUGCUCGGCUGUGUCGUCUACGGCCGUGUUGCCGGCGACUCUGCCAGCCAGUACCUGUUCCAGCAGCUGCUCAAGAACCCUGCUGCGUCGUCUGCUGCCGGCGGUGCACAACAGCGCCUGAACCAGAUAUCCCUGCACAUCGACCCCAACCAGCCCGGCAAGGUAUCUGUCGAAUGGAGUGCCCCGUCAGGUAAGCCCUGCAACACCCAAUCCCUCGUUACCCCAAGCACAACAGCCUCAGCCUCGACCUCGGCGUCUCCCACGUCGUCGUCGUCGUCUGCUCCAGCCGCCUCUUCGGGGGCUGGCGCUGGUGCUACCUCUGCCGGUCCUGAGCCCGUCGCCGCUGAUGUAGCAAACUUCAAGGUGCCCGAGAAGGAGUUCACGAUGGAGGAAGUGGCGAAACACAAUAAGAAAGACGACCUCUGGAUCGUGGUCAAGGGUGUGGUGAUGGAUGUGACGAACUGGUUGGACGAGCACCCUGGCGGUGCGCAGGCCCUGUUCAGCCAUAUGGGCCGAGAUGCCACUGAGGAAUUCGAGAUGCUUCACGACGACGAGGUUAUUCCCAAGUACGCUGCCGGUAUCGUCAUUGGUCGUGUCAAGGGCCAGACACCCAGCCUGGAAUACUAA